CCACCACACGUUCGAGACUACGGAAGUCGGGACUGCGGAUUUUGAUUCAGUUAACCCUAAAUUUUAAUAUUCAAAAAUUCUGAGCAUAUUAAAAUUCUGAGACAACCUACAUCGGUGCCGGAGCCUGUAUAUAUCUCAUUUCAUUUCAGUUCAGUUCAGUUGGCAUUAAUUUGGAUCCUGGAAAUUUCAAUCAAUAUUAUUGUUUUAUCAUAUUAACCACCCAUGAUUCAUUUUGUCGUUUUAAUAAGCCGACAAGGAAAAGUUCGGUUAACAAAAUGGUAUUCACCCUACUCCCAAAAAGAAAGAAGUAAGGUAAUACGAGAACUUAGUGGGAUGAUUCUGACACGAGGUCCCAAGCUUUGCAACUUUAUUGAGUGGAAGGGCUUUAAAGUUGUUUAUAAGAGAUAUGCCAGCCUCUACUUUUGUAUGUGUAUUAACGCGGAUGACAAUGAAUUAGAGAUCCUUGAGAUUAUCCAAUAUUUUGUUGAGACUCUGGAUCGUUACUUUGGAAAUGUCUGUGAGCUAGACUUGAUCUUCCAUUUUCAUAAGGCUUAUUAUAUACUGGAUGAGAUCUUAUUAGCUGGUGAACUCCAGGAAUCAAGCAAGAAGGCUAUUCAUCGUCUAAUAGAUGCACAGGAUUCUUUAGUGGAGGAUGCCAAAGAAAAAGAAAGCGCUGUUGGCUAUAUACUUUCACAGCUUGACUGAAGGCCAAGUCUACAAGAACUCCAAGCUCUAACCUGACAAGAAUUGAUGUUAGGGCAGUUAAGCCUCCAGCUCCCCUAAAGCUUAGCAGCCAGUUUUGGGUCAACAUUUAAAAUCUAGUGUUGUAGUCAGGUCGAGAAGAUUGGUGGAUCACAAACGAUAACUUAUCAUUGUCGUUUUUAAUCUUUUCACUUUUAGUAUAUACCUUUUGUAGCUGGAAUUUUUUUUAAUCUUAUAUUUUGGAAAACA